UCAUGUUCUCACACUAAAAAAAAAUCAAAAUCAUCUGAAUAUCACCCAUUGCAAAUCUGUUCUUGAUUGUACAAUCAAGAUCCCCAACAUUUCAAUUUCAUUUCCCCAAAACCCUAACCCUAACCCUAAUUUUAUAAUUCCGAUCAAUACAGUCUAAAAUGACGUCAGAAGUUGCAGAUAUUGCCAUCGAUACUGUACCGGAGCCAGUCACCUCCGAGGCGGCGGAGGAAGCUCCGGUGGAAACCACCACCACCACCACCAAGUCCAAGUCGAAGAAAACUAAGGAAACCAAAGCGAAAAAACCUGCUGCUGCUGCUUCUAAGAAGCCACGUGCUCGUAGUGCUUCUCAUCCACCUUACGAAGAGAUGAUUAAGGAUGCGAUAGUGACACUAAAGGAGAAAACCGGUUCGAGUCAGUAUGCGAUUACUAAGUUCGUUGAAGAGAAGCAUAAGAAUUUACCGCCGGCCGUUAAGAAGUUGAUUCUGUAUAAUUUGAAGAAGCUUGUCGCCGCCGGUAAGCUUGUUAAGGUUAAAGCUUCGUUCAAGCUUCCUCCGACCAGGUCAUCAGCUGCUGCUAAGCCGGCGGCUCCGGCUACUUCAGCUCCGUCAAAGGCCGCUAAGAAACCAGCUGCGAAGGCUACGAAGUCGAAGACUGCGGCUAAGCCAAAAGCUAAGCCGAAGGCUAAAGCUGCUGCUAAGCCGGUUAAAGCUGCACCUGCUAAGAAGCCGGUUAAAGCUGCACCUGCUAAGAAGGCCAAGGCGGCUCCGGUGAAGGCUAAAGCUGUUGCUGCCAAGGCAAAACCGGCUGCUAAAGCUAAGCCAGCUGCUGCACCUGCUAAGGCUAAGGCGGUUGCUGCUGCGAAGCCUAAGGCGGCUCCCGCUAGAGGUAAGCCGAAGGAGAGACCAGCUAAGGCAGCGAGAACUUCGACGAGAACUACUCCGGGGAGAAAAGCUGCUGUUGUGUCUCCGAAGAAGGCGGUGUCAGCAAAGAAAGCACCGGCGAAGAGUGUGAAGGCGAAGAGCGUUAAGUCGCCGGCGAAGAAGGCGACAACAAGACGAGGAAGGAAGUGAAGAGUGGUGAUAUGAUAAUUUCGGUAGCUACAGUUUGUAGGGGUAGUUUUGUAAAUUUGGUGGCUUUAGUGGGUGUGUAUGUAUGCCCAUUUAAACAAGAAAAGACAUCGGAUCUUAAUUUUUUAAUUUCUUUUCUUUUUAAAUUUUGUGUUUAAGGGAUUUGACACAGUAUUAGUGUAAUCACAUCGCUCCGACGUAUGAAUUUAUGAGAUCAAUUUACAUUUUCUUGCAAA